AAGCACAUCCGAGGUGCACGCGCGUACGGUACGACAUGCGGUUCCGCUGUUUAGGUGUGAUCUUCUGGCUUCUGGCGGCGCAUUUUUGCGUCCACUUCGUGACCUGUGAAUGGGAGCCGAGGGAUCCGGCCAAUAAUUUCCAGGACAAUGUGGAUCAACAGAGCUUCGAAUCAAUUCUCAGAGCAAUUGAGUCUCGACUGCGAAAUCUGGAUCUUAUCUAUCAGACAAAAUUGACACCGACAUUGGAAGCACAACUAGGGAGCUACCAACGAAAACUAGACGUACUUGAUUCCCAGAUAAUAAGACUGGAGUCUAUCGUUAUGUUGACACUGGACAAAAUUUCAGAAAAUAUCAGCACGAAAAACAUCAAAGACGAUAUUGCCACCACGAACCUCCAUCGUAAAUUGGACGCGGUUUACGAUGGGCUCGGCCAUCGCUUGAACUAUAUCGAAAGGAAACUUGAUAGUGGUCUGCAGAAAGCGCAAAUUAAAAUGGAUGUAAUACUGUCACGCAUUGAAAAAUUAGACGAGGCCAUGUCUACCAAAGAUACAGAUAUAGCUACUGAUAUAUCAGAAACAUUAUUAGCUGUUGACAGUUUGAAGUCUUCAUAUUCACUGCUUGAGGAAAUGCUGGCCACGACGAAGAAAAACACAUUCACACUCAGCGAAGACAUACAAAAUAAAUUAACAGACAAGUUGGGGACGAUUGAACGUAAACUGGACACUUAUGAAUCGGAAAGUAAAAGAGUAUCAGCUAACAAUCUGAAUAGUACACUUGAACUAGUAGCUGAAAAUAAUGAAAUACUGAAGGUAAUGAAGAGGGAGCUGAAGAACGAUUUGAAUAGUUACGCCAUAAAGGUAGCUGAUAUGGGCACGUCCACUGGAAGAUCUGGAGAUGAUAUUCACAACCAGUUAUUAAGCAUAUCAUCUACACUUAACAGUACUGUUGGAGACGUUCAGAAAGGUAUGCGGUCCAUCAUGAUUCAAAUAGGAAAACUUGGAAAGUCUGGAAAGAUACCCGUUGAUACUGAGGAUUAUACUAAGAAGAUUGACGAUUAUUUCGAAAAGGUGAUUACCAAUCAGGAAAUAUUUUUGGAGGGUUGUCAUAGAGUUCAGAUGGAUGAAUCGCAGAUUGAAUCUGAAAUUAGCACCACAUUGGAGAAAUUAAUUGACAUGAUUCAUAAAAAGGGUGAAGUUGAAAUGCGGGACAUAAAAAAUAUUGAGAAAAUUCUGAAGACCCAUGACAACAAAAUAUAUAGAGGGUUAACCCAAUCCAAUAAUAAUAUCGUGUCCUUGUAUGAAACGACUGUGAAAACAAAUGGUGCAAUAACGGCGGACAUAAAAAGAAUAUGCAACGACUUGGACGCAUUAUUUGUUAUAAUUAAGGACUUAAUGGAGAAUACAUCAGAAAAAAGAAACGAGAGCUAUAUAAAUGUGCUGCUAAGUGAAUUAGGCUCAAUAAAAACUAAGCUAAAUUAUUUACAGUAUGAAGGUGACAAUGAAUCCGCCGAAAAUUUAAAUGAAAUCAAACAAUUGUUGGUUGAGCUUCGACAAAACAGUUCUACAGAAACUAAAAGUGAUGUACAAAAAAUAAUUGAUGGUCUAAAUAACAUUGAACACAAAUUAAAUCAAACUUACUCUAACUUCACCUUACACAAUCAGAACACAAUUGCUGAAACGUUGGAAAAAACUCUUAAGAAACAUUUCGAAAUGCCCGCAAAUAUUGUAACCACCACGGGUUCAAGUCAAGAAUUAACCAAAGAAGAAAUUGAGGAACGUGAAAAACAAAUCGCCAAUAUUUUCGGACCGUUAAUUAAUAAUGUAACUCAAUCAAAUGAUACUCAGCAAGCGACAAAUGGGAUUGUCUUUGACGAGAACCAACCUAUAAUUGUAGAAAAUAAUACGACGGAUACAACUGUUAAAUGUAGAAAAAACCUUCUAGACGUUAUUGACGUCAGAAGUGAAGAUGAUUGUGAUGAAGAAGGCGAUGGUGAUGUCCAAAGUACAACAGAAGUCAAUUUGAUUGAUAUAAGGGCCCAAACAUAGCAAAACCGUGAUAAUGUUUUUAUAUUUAUGGAAUUAUAAUUAGUGCUAUUUUUACAAUAUACAGUACCUUG